AGGCUGAGAUUAUGGUGUUUGUUUGCUGUUUGAUUAAUCUGUGCAGCCGUAUCCUCCAAUAAAGCAGAAAAAAAGAGAAAAGCAGCAGGGAUAUGAUAUUGAUGGGGUCUCGAGUGCCCCCCGCUGGAACAGUGCAUUGUGGGACAGCGGCAGGCUGUGGUUUCCGUAUUUAGGGUUUUUGCAGCUAGCUGAAAGCUGCGUUUCCAUGCAGCCUAUUAGAAGAAAUGGAGGAAAAUGGGACGCCGCCGUAUUGAUGUUUUCCACUGAAAGGACCGCUCGGCUGCCUCAGUUUUAGGUGCGUAUUUUAAAUAUGGUGGUCCGGGUCUAACAUGGAGGCUGUUUUUAACGAGGUUUGGUCUGGACUGGACUGCUUGUUGGUAGUUAGCCGCAAAUGCUAACGCACCGUUAGCUUUUAAGAGGAGGAUUCCUGUCAUAAAACAAUAAAACUGCAGACUGCUUUCUGGUAUUUUGAGCGUUUUAUCUCACCCGGUGAAAAUAUAAGCGAUGGUGUGAAAAGGCUGUAAUCGAUGUAAGCUGUCUGUGGCUCUGUGUGUCUGUCAGGAGAGAAAACUAAAGGAAACGCUUCAGGGCUCCGAGUGAAAUGUUGACACAGAAACAGGACACGAUAGACAAACAUUUUUAUCAAACUCAGGUUCAGAUUGUGCAAAGGAAAGAGUCAGCAUUGCGAAUUGAACUACUUUCGGCUGCAGGAGCAACGGUUACGAUUCGACGAGCUGUAAAUGCGUGAAGAGCCCUGCAGGGAUAUUACACACAUAUACGAGGUGAUAACUUUAUACAGCAUCCAGCCACAACAUCAUGAACACCUAAUGGAAUUUAAUUCAACUUAAGAUUUACUCAAAGAAAGUUUCUGCAUUUUUAGUUUUUGUUGACAUGGCCAGACUUGCUUUAAAUUAAUUGCUAAAGUUGAGGUGGGUGUGUUGGAGGUGUGCUGUAGUUAGGGCUAGGCAUGUGCCGAUAUGAAAAAUUUUAUAUCACGAUAUUGGUGAUCCAAAAUAUCACGAUUCACGGUAUUAUCGCAUUGCUUUUAACGUAAUUAAAGAUGCUGGAUGGUGUUCACGGAGAUGGGCAUGUAGGUUUGAAGUGUUAGACGGCGGCGCUGCAACUUCCUUACGGCAUAACCUGCAGAUUGGUGUCAGGUUUACCUGCUCCGUCUGUUUUGUGAAGCCGUAAAACGUCCAUACUAUGUCUCAGUCUCCGACUGUUCUCGCAUUUUGUUGUAAAAUUUCUUCAUUUUCUCUUUUAAUGUUCCCGCUUUUGUUAGGCUGGCAUUAAUGUACUUAAUUUCAGAGUUUGUUUUGGAUUUGGGACUACUGUUGUGGUGGUUUGUUUGUACAUUUUGCUACCGAGGCUUUGACACCGUGGGUAAGACUACAAGUGGGUUAGGUUGGUAUGUAGUCGGCAUGCUCGCCUCUGCUGAGUGACGCUGCCACUUGUCUUUAAAUUAUAAUUGUGGAACGAUUAUUACAGUACACAUUAUUACGGUUUACUUCUCCGGCGACUUACAGAAGUGGAGCAGGAAAAGCUGGACUCUGAUUGGCUGUUGUGACGCACAUUUCCGCUUUGUUUGAUUGAGUUAAUAUGCUCACAAAUAAUUACUGUGAUCGAAAUGAAAUUUACCACGAUCAUAAAUCAUGAUCAUAUAAUCACCAGUCCUACUUUUGUAUUGCACAUGUUCUGCAACGUGUCACUGCUGGGAAAGAUUUGAGGUAUUACCCAACUUUGUGAGAACAUGUACUCGACACAAUUUGCAGUGCACAUUACUCUGCUUCAUGUCCGACUUCAAAAAAACAAAAAACCUCCACACCACCGACGUUUUCAUGCCAAUUUUGUCGGCGAUGUCGUCAUCUGUUGAGCCGUCAUCUGAAUUUCUGCCAGGGGUAGCACUCAUUUUCUUUUUUUUCUCACCAACAGUGCUGUCUGCUUUACGUGUUAAAGUGCUAUGGUUGUGUGUAGCUGCAGCCUGCGACUACGCAGUUGUUUGCUUCUUGGUUCUAAUUCAGCACAUAAUUGGUUCAGUGCGAAUCGAGGGAAAUUGAUUUUCGAUGUGUAUCGUUAUCUUCUUAUCGCCUAGCCCUAGCUGUAGUGUAUUAUUGUAAGGUGUUCUUAAUACGAUGCAUUUGUAAAGAAGCGGGUAAAAUACCUAAUGCUGUGACUGGUUGGUGUAUAGUCAUUGCUGUUUUAUUAUGGUCCAUCCAAACUUGUGUGGCUAAGACUUUGUUAAAUUUUGUAGGCGUUACGUGGGGUGUGUUCAUUAAUAUUUUCACAGAUGAUCAAAGGUAUCAAAUGUCUCAGUACCACACACAGACUAUCAAGCUUGGGCACAGUCAGGGGUGAACCACAAGAGAGAGAAUUAGGCGGGUGCUAGAAAAAAAGAAUAGUGUCAGAUAUCAACAGAAAAGGGCUGUCAUUGUUGAAUCUUUCUUCAGGACACAGACUUACAAAAGCGAAACCUGGGUGCUUUAGUUAACUGUUUAUUUAACUAAAAGGCCAAUUUUAAAUAUGUAUUAAUCAGAGAUAAGCAUCCCCAAAAAAAUCUAUAUUUUCAUUUUUGUCUGUCAUUUUAUGCAAGACAAGACCGUUUCUGUGUGUGUGUCUGUGUGUGUGUGUGUGCUCUGACUAAAGCUACAGGAGUCAUUUCACAAUAUUAUGUUUCAGUCAUCACAUCGUUUCUAUUAACCAGAUUUAAACCUUGCAAAAUGAAUUAGUGUUUGCAAUGUAAUAUUUUUGGCUUCUAACAUGUGAUGAGCUUGUUUUAGUAGCUUGACACUACUUCCAAGUGCCUUCACAAGCAAAUGGAGGAAAAAAGGAUUAGCCUUUUUCCCCCUGGUUUUAAUUUUGAUAUCAUAGGAUUUAGUUAUUUUAUUCCAUGCAGUGUAUGUAUAUUUUCUUAAUCUAGUAGCUUAUUAGCCCUUUUCAUUUAACAUCUGUCACUAUUUUAUGAGCUUGUAGUUAAAAUAAGCAUCUUACUGUUUCUUUGGCUCCCAGUAUGUGACAUUUAUUCUAAUUUUGUGAUGGGUGAUCUAACAAUUUAAGACAGUGGCAGAUGCUUUUAAAACUCAUUUGAUAUAUUGCAAUACACUGCAUACUGAUAUGAACUAGUAUAGGCAUUUUCACCAUGACAGUCCUAGUUUCAGUACCACAAUGCACCUAACUUUUUCAUGAUGUCUCUCUCCUUUAGGUGGUUCCUGCACACUGCUGCCCUGCUGCCUCCAAGCUACCGUCAUGCCUUAUGGAGAAUCUAUCCACCGUCAAUGACAUUCCAGUGGGGUCUGUGUUUACAACAAAGAAUCAUUUAGCCAACAAUUAGCCUCAUAGCAGCUUCUUUUUAAUCAGGCUUGCACCCUUUACAAAGCACAUCAUCCUCGCUGCAAACCUGAGAUCUUCAUUUCACCGCAAUCAACUUCUCUCCCCCCUGGCAAGAGGCUGACCCCUUAUCAUGAGAUUCCGAAUCUACAAGAGGAAGGUGGUGAUACUGACCGUGGUGGUUGUCAUCUGUGGCCUCGCUUUCUGGAGCAGCGGAAGGCAGAAGAAGAGCGAAAGUGGAGCGUUCCCAAAGGAGGUGGAGACGGCGAGGAGAAGCAGCAGCAUUAGCAGUAGCAGCAGUAGCAUCAACAUUAACAAUCAUAUCCAAGUACAAGCUACACCUGUGGUGAGCCGGGCACCUGUCCACCCUCCAGUUAUACAUGCAAAUGACACACACCAGGAAAAAGCAAAGGACAAGGAGAAGAUCUCCAAACCAGAGAUAGAUAACACCACUUUAGUCUACCGGGGCAUCGUCUUUCAGCUCAACUUCGACCAAACGAUAAGAAAUGAGGAAAAGUUCAAGGCGGCACGGCAGAAGGAUGAUCUGGUUGUGGUGGUUCAGGUCCAUAACAGACCGGACUACCUUAAACUCUUAGUGGACAGUCUGCGGAAGGCCAGAGGCGUAGAGAGCAUACUGCUGAUAUUCAGCCAUGACUUCUGGUCUCCUGAAAUAAACAAGGUGGUUGCCUCUGUGGACUUUUGUCAGGUACUUCAGAUUUUCUUCCCCUUCAGCAUUCAGCUAUACCCACAGGAGUUCCCGGGACAUGACCCCAGGGACUGUCCCAGAGACAUCCCCAAAAAAGACGCCUUAAAGAUGGGCUGCAUCAACGCAGAGUACCCUGACUCGUUCGGCCACUACCGGGAGGCAAAGUUCUCUCAGACCAAGCACCACUGGUGGUGGAAGCUGCACUUUGUAUGGGAAAGAGUACAAGCUGUGAAGGAUCACAAAGGUCUGGUCCUCCUGAUCGAGGAGGACCACUUCUUGUCCCCGGACUUUAUCCAUCUCUUAAAGCUGAUGUCAGCCCUGAAAAGAGAGCAGUGCACCGACUGCGACAUCCUCUCACUGGGAAGCUACAGCCACAUCGGCUACUCCAGCAAAGCUAACAAGGUUGAGGUGAAGGCGUGGAAGUCCACUGAGCACAACAUGGGGAUGGCCCUGAAUAGAGAGACAUACCAGAAGCUCAUCCAGUGCACCGACACGUUCUGCACGUACGACGACUACAACUGGGACUGGUCCUUGCAGCACUUGACUGUGGCCUGCCUGCCCUCUUACUGGAAGGUCAUGGUGAGCGAGGCGCCCAGGAUCUUCCACGCCGGGGACUGCGGCAUGCACCACAAAAAGGCCUCCUGCAUGCCGAUGAGCCAGAAAACCAAGAUAGAGAACAUCCUCCAGAGCAGCGGGAACCAGCUGUUCCCAAAGAACCUCCUGAUAACUAAGAGACUGCCUGCAAACGGGGCUGGAGGGGUGGCUCCACAUGUGAAAAACGGGGGCUGGGGAGAUAUCAGGGACCAUGAACUCUGCAAGAGUUAUGUUCGAUUACAGUGACCUUAAUUACUACUAUUAUAUAUUCUUGUCUCUUUUGCAUCCUCUAUACAGAAAAAAGCCUUUUAAAGUAAAUCUUUAUGGACUAUUCUUCAUAUUGCCUGUUUUAUCGGACUGUUCCAAAUAAAAACGAAUGUUGGAUUUUUGGCUUCUUUAACACAAAUAUGUCUUUACAUUGAAUUAUUUAAGUGAUUCCUGGC